UAUUGUAGUACAAAGAGCUCUCUCUGGGUAAGCCAAUCAAAACACAAAAGGGUUUCUGUUUUCAGAACUUUUUGAUCCUCUUCAACGAUGUAUCUCUUAACUUAUUUACCUUCUGGACAUCAAUGCAAGUUUUCUUAUUCUCUGUUGGUCAGCUUAAUUCUCAUGUGUUUUUCAUGUUUUCCUUGUUAGCAAUUCAAUUACUUGUGAUCGUUUUAUUUUCGUGCUGCUCAGUUUGUUUUCUGUUAAAAUUAUUGGUUCUGGGUCUUGUAUUAUCGUCAUUAUGAUCAGCUUUGGAUUGAGCCUUUGAAUAUGCAUCUCCUGUUUGCUUGCUGUGAAAUGCUAUCAAGUCGGGUUAUAAGGGUCUAAUUUCAAUUUCUUUCGCAGGGUUUGUGCUUUUGUAGUUCAUUUUCUAAUAUGGCAUCAUCUCAUAGUAAUACUCACACUGAAGGUGCCAAAAUGGAACAAAUUAUCACUGAAUUUUUUGCUAAAAGUCUCCACAUAAUACUGGAGUCGAGGUCUCCUUAUAUGUCAUCUCGUAAUUACAGUGGUGAGCAAGCUAUAUGGUCUCCAUCUUCCUCUUCAUCCUCCUCUUCUGGUGUAAGGCCAAGAGAUAAAUGGUUCAAUUUGGCACUUAAGGAAUGCCCAGCUGCUCUUGAGAAUCCUGAUAUCUGGCGCCAGAGCAAUCUAGAACCAAUGGUUAUUGAUGUGAUUUUGGUGCAGAGACCACUUGUUUGGGACCCUGUAAAUUGUUCCCCAAAAAAGGAUUUUGGUAGGAAUAUUUCCUCGAAGGAGCGGUGUCCUUUUAGUUGGAAUUCUGAUCAGGAAGAAUUAGGAUGUGAGGCUAAGACUGAAAAAAUUAUAGAGAGGUGGAUAGUGCAAUAUGAGAGUAGGAGGUUAAGGGAUAACUGUUCGGGCAGUAGAAGAUCAAGCAAUACUUUGCAUAUGAUGUAUAAGAAAUCAGUAUUACUUUUGAGGUCUUUGUAUGCAACUGUUAGGCUUCUACCUGCAUAUAAGAUUUUCCGUGACCUCAAUUCGUCUGGACAGAUUCGCACAUUCACCCUUACUCAUAGGGUUUCUUCUUUUUUUGAGCCCUUCACUCGCAGGGAAGAGGCUGAAAUGCUGCUAUUUGGGUUCACUCCGGUGGAUACUUCCUGUGGUCGGCUUUGCCUUUCAGUGGUUUAUCGUUCAUCACUCUCUGAUAUAAGCUUGGAAUCAUCAACCCCAAUGUCUACCCAAUUUAUCCCUGAUUAUGUUGGGAGCCCAUUGGCGGACCCACUGAAAAGGUUCCCCUCUCUUCCUGUGCCACAUGGUUCUCCAUCAUCCUUGCCAUUCUCAAGACGACAUAGUUGGAGUUAUGACAUCUACAAAGCUUCUUCACCUUCAUUUUCUUUCUCACCAUCUCCUACUCAUUCAGAAUCACAUGCAUCGAUUUCUAAUCCAAGUUCCCGUCGCUUGCCACCUAUGAGCUUGCCUCCUCAUCCACCUGAAACAUCUUCAAUUCAUAAGAAGAAUACCAGCUUUGAUGAGUAUUAUCCUUCCCCUAACUUUACACCCUCCCCAUCGCCAUCACCACCAAUCUAUAUUCCUGGGAAUCAUCUUUCUAAGUCUCUUUUACGGUCUGAAAGUGCACCAGUUAGCAUUCCUUUAGCCAAACUUGCUAGUUCCCCUGUGUUGUCAAACAGGCAAAAUUUGCCUCCAUCUCCUCCCCUUAAAGGUACCAGAUAUGGCAAUCCUAGGACUGAUACAAGCACAGGUUUUGUUCAGAUUGGUGCAUCAGAUGAGAAGUUGUUCUCUCUUGGGAAAGAUGACAUUAGAAAGUAUUCGGGGAUGAAGAUAUCAUCCAACAGCUCUCCACGGAUUUCAUUUUCCAGAAGUUCCAGCAGGUCUUUUCAGGAUGAUUUUGAUGAUCCGGACUUUCCUUGCCCAUUUGAUGUGGAGGAUGAUGAUAUGACAGAUCCAGGUAGCAGGUAAUUGGUUAAGUAGUUUUUGCUAUA